AUGCAUCGGUCAGCUCACCUCCGCCUAUGUGGCACCGUGCUCCCUCGCACUCCUCACUGCGUGACCAUAGGAUCCCUCGUCGCGCCAGGUGCCGCCCCCAUACCCAGUCAGCGCCGAUGGAAUACAUCUGCCUCAGCUCCAGCUCCGGACACCUCAUCUCUCCCCACGCUACGCCCGAUAGACUCGAUUCUCAUCGCCAACAGAGGCGAGAUCGCCCUCCGCGUCGCCAGGACCGCCGCCGCCCACGGCAUCAAGACCACAACUCUAUAUACUGACCCAGAUCGACACGCUCAACACGCCAAAGCCAGUCCCUACAGCUUCAAUCUCGGCCCCACAUCAGCCUACCUCGACCAGGACAAGAUCCUGCGCGUCGCUUCCGAGCAGGGCUGCCAGGCCAUUCACCCAGGCUACGGCUUCCUCAGCGAGAAUGCGGAAUUUGCGCGACGAUGCGCCGAACAAGGGGUCAAGUUCAUUGGCCCGCCGGCCUCCGCAAUCGAGAGUAUGGGCGACAAGGCCCGGAGCAAGGACAUCAUGGAGCAAGCCGGCGUAGCAUGUGUGCCGGGCUACCGCGGCGCAGAUCAGAGUGCUGAGACACUUGAGAAGGAAGCCGACAAGAUGACCUACCCGGUGUUGAUCAAAGCUGUGCGUGGCGGAGGCGGCAAGGGAAUGCGCGUUGUCAUGCAGCCAUCAGAGUUCAGAGACAAAUUGGACAGUGCGAGAAGUGAAGCCCGGAACAGUUUCGGCAAUGAUGAGGUCCUGAUCGAAAAGUACAUCGUCACGCCGCGGCAUGUAGAAGUUCAGGUCUUCGCUGACGCCCACGGCAACGUUGUAGCCCUUGGUGAGCGCGACUGCAGUAUUCAGCGACGACAUCAGAAGAUCCUCGAAGAAUCACCCGCACCAGGUCUCGAAGAAUCGAAAAGACGAGAGCUCUGGGAUAUGGCAUGCCGUGCCGCUGCCGCUGUCGGCUACGAGGGCGCCGGCACGGUAGAGUUCAUCUUCGAUGCCGACACCGGCGCAGUCUACUUCAUGGAGAUGAACACUCGCCUACAGGUCGAGCACCCUGUCACGGAGAUGGUAACUGGCGUCGAUCUAGUCGAAUGGCAAGUCCGCGUCGCUCGUGGUGAGAAGCUACCUCUCACACAAGAGGAGAUCGUACAGCGUAUGCCCAGUCUAGGCCAUGCGAUCGAAGCGCGCAUCUAUGCCGAGAACCCGGACAAGGGCUUUGUGCCUGACUCAGGCUGGCUUGAACAUGUCCGCCUUCCAGAGCAGUCAAGCGAUGUGCGCAUCGACACAGGAUUCACCGAAGGCGACGAGGUCUCAACCAACUACGACCCCAUGAUCGCAAAAUUGAUCGUUCGAGGCGAAACGAGGAAGGAUGCACUCCGAAAAAUGGCUCUAGCGCUGGAGGAGUACGAGAUCGCCGGGCCGGUGACCAAUAUCGACUUUGUCAAGCGCGUCGUCAAGUCUCCUGACUUCAUAGCAGGAGAGGUUGAGACGGGCUACAUCGAGAAACACCGAAACGAACUCUUUCCCGAACUGAAUAUCCCAGACGAAGCGCUCGCUGAAGCCGCGCUCGCAAGCUACUUCCACAAAUUCACCUCUCGCAACACCACCACUGCGUCUUUCACCACCACCGCUCCGUCGUGGCUCCGGUCUGACUCCGACUUCCAACCACGAACAUUCACCUUCCAGCAUCCUGACGCCGAGUCUCUCCCAGGCCAACCACCGCCCGAAACGUUCUCUGUCUCCGUCCAACGACUCUCCCCCACCACCUUCGCCAUCGACACCGCUUCGCAAUCCUGGACGGUAACCUCGACCUAUGACCCUGCCACCAAAACCCUGACGACCUACUUCCCGCACACACGACACACAACCCGGGUCUCCUUUCCCGCCCGCUCUCCCAAUUCACCAAUCCAUCUCUUCACACCCUUAGGCUCUCAUCGCCUACAGCCUGCUCCGCCGGCCUGGCUCACGAAGGCGCUCGGCAAGACCGAGAAUCCAAAUAGCUUGCUCUCGCCUAUGCCGGCCAAGAUCCUUCGGGUGGCUGUCAAGCCAGGACAGACGGUGGGAAAGGACGAGAUACUGCUGGUGAUCGAGAGCAUGAAGAUGGAGACUGUGGUCAGGAGUCCGGGGGAGGGGUUGGUGGUCAAGAGGGUGAGGGUUGCGGAAGGGGAGAGUGUAGCUGGGGGUGUUGAAUUGGUUGAGUUUGAGGAUGUGGGUGAGGAGGACGGGAAGGCGUAG